UUGUCUCGCCUUCCCUCCACCGAGGGGCCCGGGAAGGCGGGCAGGGGGAGGAGCAGGAAGAGCCUCUCCCCGGCCGGAGAGCAACCCCGCGCGGCCCUCACCGGGGGACAUGCCCGCCCCGGCCCCGGAGGCCAUCGCGCGGAAGGCGCCCCCACAGGAGAGGCAGGAGAGGGCCGGAGGAAGUGGGGCAUAGCGAAGAGGAAGGAAGGAAAGAAGGAAGGAAGGAAGGAAGCCAGCGCGGGGAAAGAGCGAGAGCCAGCCGAGAACUUCCUGUUGCCUACGCUUCCUCCUCGCCGGAGACAUGUCGGAGGGUCCUCCUGUCCAGUUUUGUAUCAAGGAUUACAGCCCAUUUACUGGAGCAGGGAUGAUGUGGCCCAUUGGUUAAAGUGGGCUGAAAAAGAGUUUUCAUUGAGACCCAUUGACAGCAACACUUUUGAGAUGAACGGUAAAGCGCUUUUGCUUCUCACCAAAGAGGAUUUUCGAUAUCGGUCUCCACAUUCAGGUGAUGUGUUGUAUGAGCUUCUUCAGCAUAUCUUGAAGCAAAGGAAUUCUCAUGUGCUCUUUUCACCUUUUUUCCACCCUGGAAGUUCCAUCCAUUCUCAGCCGGAUAUCAUGUUACAUCAAAACCAUGAUGAAGACAGCUUUAUCCAUAGACAUUCAAGACAAUCGAUGGAUGCAAUCCAUCACAAUCCACCUACCAUUGAACUCUUGCAUCGUUCUAGAUCACCAAUCAGUGCCAACCACAGGGUUUCACCAGAGAUAGAGCAGCGGUCAUUGAAAUCACCACUGGAGAACACUAUUCGUCGUCUCUCACCAGCUGAUAGGCUCUCAGGGACAAGACACAACCAAGAGAACAAUCACCAAGAGUCAUACCCUCUCUCGGUGUCUCCUAUUGAGAAUAACCACUGCCCUACCCCCUCUGAAGUGCUUCCAAAGCCUUCCAGUCCACGCCAAGAAAACACCAGGGUGAUUCAAUUGAUGCCUAGUCCUAUCAUGCACCCUUUGAUACUGAACAGCAGGCAUGAUUUCAAAGCCUCAAGAUUAUCUGAAGAUGGACUGCACAGAGAGGUGAAGCCCAUCAACCUGUCGCACCGUGAAGAAUUAGCAUACAUGAACCACAUCAUGGUGUCUGUCUCCUCUCCAGAAGAACAUGCAAUGCCAAUUGGGAGGAUAGCAGACUGCAGACUCCUUUGGGAUUAUGUCUAUCAGCUGCUGUCAGAUCCCCGGUACGAAAACUUCAUCCGAUGGGAGGACAGGGAAUCCAAAAUAUUUCGAAUAGUGGAUCCCAAUGGGCUGGCCCGGCUGUGGGGAAACCAUAAGAACAGAACAAAUAUGACAUAUGAGAAGAUGUCUAGAGCCCUGCGCCACUACUAUAAACUAAAUAUUAUCAGAAAAGAGCCAGGACAAAGGCUUUUGUUCAGGUUCAUGAAGACCCCAGAUGAGAUUAUGAGCGGCCGCACUGACCGUCUGGAGCAUCUUGAAUCUCAGGAACUGGAUGAGCAAAUAUACCAGGAAGAUGAGUGCUGAAAAACAGCCUUCUACUUCACUUUGUUCUGGGGGAGAGCCGAUGGCGUGAAGGCGCAUUCAGGUGGAAAAUGAAACCACAGAAUUAAGCAUUUACCUUGGACACAGCGCCAAACCCCAGAGCACUUUAGCAGAACAAAACUGCUGGCUAAGGUGGUGUUGGCAGUAGGAUUUGGAAGAGAAAGACAGAGAGAGAGAAAGGGAGACAGACAGGAACACAGCUCUACUAUAUUGUUUGUUUGUAUAUUCUCCCUGAUCUCUGAGUGUUCUUUGUUUUUGUUUUUGUUUGGCUAGUUUGGAAUUUCCCCCCUCUAAUAUCAUGCCUUUUGGCCUUUUUUAAAUGACUGUUAUAAAGCAAAAGACUUGGUUUUUGUUUAUUCUGAAGGCUUUCCUAUGGAAAUGUAGCACAACUGUUUCUUGCAGAGUAUCACAGUAUGAUCCCAGCAUAGGAACAAACAGUGAUAAAUGUCACAGAGGUGUUGAAAUCACAAAAUGUCUCCAGUUGCCUAAAUUGCUUGUAAUCACUCUAACUCACAAAGAUGAUAGAUUUUUGGACUGCAAGAAAGAAAGGGAAGAAAGAAAUGAAGAGGGCCCAUCCUGAUUGUAGACAUGAGACACUGAAUGGCAUAUCUUGAGCUAAUGUUCAGUCUUCAGAGAGUCAGCUUAUCCCCAGAGUACAAUGACUUCAUCCAAGCACCCAAGUGCCACAGGAAUAAGAAAUAAAAGGAGAACCUCUAAUAAAAUGCAGAAAACCCCUGCUUUUCCUGCUCAAGCACUAUUUAAAUACAUUUUUCCUUGACUCAAUUUGUCAAGCCAGCACCGGGAUAUUUGCAGUUGCAGGUGGGAAGGUUUUUUCUGCUUAUGUUCACACAUACACACUAUUCAACUAUCACUAGAAGCUGGGUGCUGAUUUUAAAAAUAAAAAAGGUUUGUGGCCUUCAAAAUGACAACUUAGCAUUUUGUUGAAUAGCCCAUGCUUGCUGAUAGGGUGUCAAUGUGAGCAAAUGUGCUAUAAAAUCCACAUACUUUAUUUCUUCAAUCCUAAGAUGCACUUGAAUGUCAGUACUACCAACAACAGUACAUAAGAUACACCUAAGAUGCACCCUGUGUAUGUGUGUGUAUGUAUGUCUGUAUAAGUGUGUGUGUGUGUGUGUAUAUAUGAAAAGUGUGUCUCAGAAUUGAAGAAAUACAGUCUUUAUUUUCACAUUUCAUUCACUUUUACAUUGCUGAGAUGUGUCUGCUUUUUUGUUUUGUUUUGUUUUUUUACUCAAUUCCAUCCAGGUGCAGCCUUGCCAUUUUCUGCUCUUUCUUCCCAUUUCCCAUGUAGAUUUUAAUUUCAGAAGAUUUGCAUUCCUGUCCUGCUACAUUAAAAUGUACCCUCCACAUUUGGCGCGAGGUCCCUAAAAAUCUGGAAAUCCCACAAAUAAAAAUAAAAAUCUGCCACUCUUUUUAACUUGAGAGAACAUUUCUCUGGGCACUUCUAAGUCUUCUAGCAUGAUUCUGUGGUCAAAUUCUGCCUGGAAUUGGACAUAGAAUCACACUGAAUGUCCUAAAAAGGUGUAGAGCUGUUCCCUCUUGAAAUUUCUAGGUUCUCCAGCAUGAUACUAUGGCCCACCAGACCAUGGAAUUGUGCUGGAGCAACCUAGAGAUGCAUAGAGCAUAUAUAUGUGUGUGUAGAGAGAGAGAGUUUAAGGUGGCAACCGCAUAUGCAAAUGCAAAUAACCAUGAAUAGUUAACUCAGUUAAUUCACUGAUGUGAAGGAACGACUUUUACCUGCAGGGAAGAUUUCCAGCUUUUAGGACAAGAGAAACUUGGCAUGUACCUUUUGUUUGUAGGAAGUCUUAACAGUUGCAGCUUCAGAUAAUUCUGAAGUUUGUUAAAUUAUUCUGAAAACUGACCAUCAAAAUACACCUUGUAGCAUUCCCGUGUCUGUGCAUAUAUGAUGGCAUAAUGUUAUCUUUGUUAACAGCAUCUAUAUUUUAUUGACAUGGCUUUCUAUAUCUUACACCAAAAUAACUAAAGGCAUGUCAGGAAAAGAUAAAAGUAUAUUGCUUGAAUCUGAUAUGCAAAUUGAGUAUAUUUUAAUCUGUUGUCUUAAUUUGCAUAAUUUUGUCUGGUAUUUUUAUGGGGAGCACAGUUUCUGAAUUUUUAAUUUCACACUCGAAAUCUUUUUCCAAGCGUAUGUUCUGAAUCUUCUUGAGGACUAGAAACAUUUUGAGAGCAUCUCAAGAUGCUGAAUACAAUAUUACAUAUGACCCUGCUUAUCCUAGAUGUUUCAAAAUGAUGGAACCAGAUUUCAAAGAAUAUAUUUCACGAUGGCAAUGCGUUACAAUUACAUAAAAUGUUACAAAUGGUUUAACGAAUUCUCCAGUUAUAAAGUUUAACUAUUUGAUCCAGAAACAAAUCUAAAAAAUGCUCCACUAAUGGAGAAUACCGGUAUCUCAUUAAGCUUUAUGUUGGGUGGGAAGGGGUUGUUGCUAUCAUGGAAAUUAUUGAAACAAGGGGCUGUUUGUGAGCUGUUAGAAGCAUCUAGCACUAAUCAUUUGAACAUUAUGCCCUAGUCUUCCAUGGGCAGUUUGUGGGCAGUUCAUGGUUGCAGAGAGAAAGCAAUUUCAAAUCAGGUCAAUCAUUUUGAAACAUCCUGUAUUGUGCUGUAGACAUAGGUCAAGCCAUUUAUUGGAAUCUUAUGUCAUUAAUUGUCACGUAUUUCUUAAGUUUCACAAAAAAAAUGGAGCUCUAGGAUUAUAAAUUUAUUUAUGUUUAAAUUAAGACAUUAGGAACCACGAUAGGAACGUUGCACAGAUAUGAGAUCCAUAUUCUGUCAUGUAAGUCAUCACUUUUUGCCUCUCACUGUUCCUACAGGUGGAUUCCCCUAUUCCUGUCUUCCUUUACUCCACAAUGACCUUUAUUUUGCUUGUCUGUUAUUUAUAUAAUGGCUAGUUAAAUAGUCCAAGAGAUAUUUGGCACUCAGAACCACUUCAAAGUAGUUCCAGCAGAAUUGCUGCUUCCCAAAUGGCAACAGAAUUAUUCUUCUUAUGAUUAUUUAUACUUCACUUUUUCCCUCCACAAGGAGACUCAAAGCGGCAGAACAAGUUCCAUGGCCAACAUGUUUUAUUGAUUUUUAAAAAUUUCAAAUCAUACUCAUUAACUUCACAUCUUUCAGAUUAACUACUAUAGUAGACAUUUGCAUAAGGCUCCAAUUCCAUUUAUUCUUCCUGAGUUUGCAGUUCAUCAUUUGCAAAUUCCAAUUGACUGACUCUACCAAGGGGAGAAAAGGCUAGUCUAUUUAGUUACAGUAAAUGCAAAUUAUCUGAUUAAAUGCAGCUGCAAAUCUACAAUGUUUUUUAAUCAAUGCAAGAAGCCCAGACUGUACAGAGAAAGGCAAUGAAUUGAUGAAUUGUGUGAUUACCAGCCUGAUCAGAAGCAAUUGUGGCAGUUGGAAAAAAUAACGUUCCAUGUGAUGAUGUUUUUUUCAUAUUCAGAAAUCAAAUCCAGUUUCUUUUGUUUCUAUUUCAAAUAGACAUUAUGAGUAAAACGUGGUUGCUAGUGGAAAUGAUAACUGUGAGGCAAAUUCCCAACUGUCUCCUCUUGACAGGAUAUAUAUUGUGCUUAUCUACCCAACCAGCAGCAAUCGCCAACAGUAGAAAGCAUUCCUAGGAGGGCUGUUCUUAAAUUAUAUAUAUUUGAGGAAUAACCCUACUGCAAGUGCCCUAUACGAAUUGAGUGUUUUAUAAGAAAACUUCCAUUCAUAGGGGAGAGGAUGUGUUUCUUUUCCAUUUCUUUUUAAAUGGUUGCUGCCAUAUGCAAAUUACAAAUGAAAAGGUGGGGUUUUUUUAAUGGAAAAAAACUUUUUAUUUUCUUAAAGUAAAUUAUAGUUUCUUGAUGAUGGCUCUUCCUUUUUUUCCUUCAAGGUGUGGGGUUAAGGGAUUGAAUUGAAUGAAUGUAAACAAAGCAAGCAAGAAUGCCUCUUCUCAGGGCCAGUAAGUUACAAAUACUUUUUAAAUGCUUGUAAUUACAUCAUCUCAAUAAAAUUUUUAAUAUAAA